UUUUUAACUUUCUCUUUCCCACAUUCAUAGACAGACACACAAAGAGAGAGAAAAGAGAGAGAGAGAGAGAGAGAAUUAUCACAGUGAGACACAGAAGCAGUGAACCCAAUCCCUGAGCUUGAAAUCGACCUCACCAACCUCACUCUGUUGUACAGUCUUUCACUCUCCAAGACACACCAAAAAAAAAAAAAAUCACUCUCACACACUCUCACUUCAUCAUUUCGUUUCGUUUCCAAUAAUAACUCAGUUUUCCGAGUUUUCAACUGUGAACUGAACUGAACUGAACUGAAAUGGCUUUCCGAGUCUUCAAGCUAGAAACUACUGGAAUAGUGUAGGUCUGAGACUUUUUUGUUAGUCUCAGUUUCUCGCUUUCGCUUUCGCUUUCGCUCUCUCUCGCUCUUUUGCUCUUUCGCUUGUUCGCUUUUUUUUUCUCUCUCUCUCUCUUUUGUUGAAUGGCUUACCGGAGAAUGGUCGCUGGAAACUUGGAUCCGGAGAGGAAGAGAAGCGGAGGUCUGAGAACGAAGCAGGCGGGGCGAGGAUCGUGCCGCGGUAGUUAGCGCCAAAACUCGCCGGAAUUAAAGAAAAAAAAAAAAGUCUCCGCCGGCGGUGACUUACUUCUCUGUGUAUUUUUUUGACUCUCAAGCUCAAAACUGUUACUGUUUUCUUCAGCUCCGAAGCAGGCGUGAUUGUUCAACUUCAAUCCAAAAAUAGUUCGUUGAAAGCUCCGAUUUGAGAAGCCAUGGGGUUCUUGCUCAAAGAGGCGCUCAAGACGCUCUGUACUCCGAAUCACUGGUCCUACGCUGUGUUCUGGAAGAUCGGAUGCGAAAAUCCUAGGUUAUUGAUUUGGGAAGAUUGUUAUUAUGACCCCUCAGCAUGUUUUGCUCCAUGCAUUUCUGGAUCUGAGACUUUUGGAGAGUGGGAGGGAUCCUGGGAUUCUCCUAAACUUCGUUCCUCUCAGCUUCGGAUUCAAGCAGGGGACAGAGUCCGUUCACUGAUUAAUUUUAUGAUGAUGAAUAAUCAAGUCAACGUAGUGGGUGAAGGGAUAGUUGGCCGAGCUGCGUUUACAGGAAACCAUCAGUGGAUUCUUUCAAACAAUUACACUGGAGAUGCUCAUCCGCCUGAGGUUCUAAAUGAGGUUCAUCACCAAUUUUCAGCUGGAAUGCAGACAGUGGCAGUUAUUCCCAUUCUCAGUCAUGGUGUCAUUCAACUUGGUUCUUCUUUGUCUAUUAUGGAGGAUAUGAGAUUUGUGAAUAAUGUGAAAAGUUUAAUCCUGCAACUAGUAUGUGUCCCUGGUGCUCUUUUAUCUGACAACUAUGCAACAAAAGAUUCUGCUGAGAAAAGUGUGGUACCAGUUACUUUUGGUGUGCCUAUAUCAAUGGACCCUUCUGGAAAUUAUAAAGGGACAAAUUCCUUGCCUCUAAUGGCUGAUACCUACAACCACCAAAGCAAUUCGUCUCAGGAUUCAAGGCUUGUUGGUCAGCCAUCUCAUUCACUAGUAAGAGAGAUUCAAAAUAACCUGUGGACUACUACCUCCACAUUUCGGCCUCCUAACCAGACCCAAACAUUGCCUAAAAUCCAAGAUGAUAUUUGUCCACAAAAAGCAACCCCCAUUACACCAAACUUUUCUUUCAACAGCCAACUGGAGAGUGGAGCUGAAGUGAUUCGCCUGAAUCCUGAUGCAUGGCUGAGCCCGCAGACUUCUUCUUACAACUCAAGAUCUGGUUUCAAUUGUGAACCCGGUUUUGGUCAAUUGAGUGGAAGCCAUCCUGGCCAAAAUUUAAUGGAGCAACAGAUUUUGUUGAGUGCUGGUGUUCAUGGUCAUAUUAAUAAGAAUUUAUGUGCAUUGAGUAGCCUUGAAACGUCCCAACUGAGAACAAAUGUAGGCUUAAUCUUUGAUCCGCACAUAGGUUCAUCUGAAGGAAGCAAGUCACAUGGUCAAAUCCAGUGUCCUCUUCCAAAUCGACAAAGAGCAGAUGAGAUUAAUCUUUCUGGCAUGCAUGUCACUGGAAUUGAGCAUCAGUAUUCUGAUUCAUCUAAAGUGAAGGGGGGUCCUUUUCAUAGUUUGGUAGAACAAUUAACUAAUAGUCGUAUGCUUUUAGGAGAAGUUGAUCAGAGACAUAUUACUGCAGUUGCAAAGCAUAACCAGAUUGAGUUAUCCCCAAGGACUCAGAGGAUGAAUACUGAUAUGUUUCAAGCCCUUGAGAUCUCAUACACCCAUCCAGAUAAGCACAUUUCUUUGAAUAAGAAUAUCCCUGGUUUGGUUCCUGAUUGCCAGAACCGUGAUAGUGGAAAAAAGACUCUAUUGACCAAUGCUAAACCUGAAGCUGCAUGUGCCCGACCUGUAGGGGAUGAUUUGUUUGAUAUUUUGGGUGUGGAUUUCAAAAAUAAACUACUUAAUGAGCCCUGGAAUAAUUUGCCUGAUAAUAGGUCAGAUGCAAAUACACACAAAAAUCUGGGUGAGAAUUCUUUAGCUUUAAUGAGUAUGCCGGAGGUGGGUUCAGAUUUUUAUUCAGCGAGUGAAGGUAUAUCAGAGAGUGAUAUCUUCUCUGGGACAGGGACCGACCACCUCUUAGAUGCUGUGGUCUCAAGAGCUCACUCUACUUCCAAGCAGAGGUCAGAUGAUGAUGUCUCUUGUAGGACAACAUUGACUAAGAUCAGUAGCAGCUCCUCUGUUCCUAGUAGUUCUCCCAAGUAUGGACGAGUUAGUAUGCCUGAUCAAGUGCAAGGGGAGUUCUUUGGCCUUCCUAAACAUCUAGGAAAAGUAGGGACUGUAGAAACUAAUUCUCUUAAAUCUGGAUGUAGCAAGGAUGAUGUUGGAAACUGUUCUCAGACUACUUCCAUUUGUGGAUCUCAUAUCAGUUCGUGGGUUGAGCAGGGUAAUAAUGUGAAGCGUGAUAGUAGUUUGUCAACUGCAUAUUCUAAGAGGCCUGAUGAAAUCAACAAAUCAAACCGCAAAAGGCUUAAACCUGGGGAGAACCCAAGACCCAGGCCAAAGGAUCGCCAGAUGAUCCAAGAUCGUGUGAAAGAGUUGCGGGAAAUUGUGCCAAAUGGUGCAAAAUGUAGCAUAGAUGCCCUACUUGAACGAACCAUCAAGCAUAUGCUUUUCUUGCAAAGUGUUACAAAGCAUGCGGACAAGCUAAAACAGACAGGAGAGUCCAAGAUUGUUAGUAAAGAAGGUGGACUUCUUCUAAAAGACAAUCUUGACGGAGGGGUGACAUGGGCAUAUGAAGUUGGCUCACAGUCCGCGCACUGCCCCAUCAUAGUUGAGGAUCUGAAUCCACCUCGUCAAAUGCUUGUGGAGAUGCUCUGUGAAGAACGGGGUUUCUUUUUAGAAAUAGCUGAAAUAAUCAGAGGAAUGGGUUUAACCAUCUUGAAGGGGGUGAUGGAAGCCCGGGAUGACAAAAUAUGGGCACGCUUUGCAGUUGAGGCAAAUAGGGACAUAACGAGGAUGGAAGUAUUUAUGUCGCUAGUUCGCCUUUUAGAGUCAACUGUGAAGGGCAGUGGAACAUCAGCUAAUGUCAUUGAUAACAACAAUAUGAUGGUCUGCCACUCUUUUCCCCAAGCUGCCCCUAUACCUGCAACUGGAAGGCCCAGUAGCUUGCAAUGAAUUGCCUGCUAUAAAGUUUCUUGACCUGGAGAUGUUGAGAGCGAGCUCACUAUAUGCUUGCCAUGACUGACAUGGAUUCACAUUUGGCCAUGGUGGUUCUAACUUUUGACUGACUUUUUUGUCUCUCGCAAACCAUAUUAUCACUUGGGUUUUGUGAGGGGAGAUUUUUAGUUAGUGAUAAGGAGUUGAAAGCAUGUUUGCAAGUAUGUUCCUUCCCUAGAUAAGGAGUUGAAUCUGUCGGUCAAAUACCCGGAGAAAAUUUUAACCAUGGUUGGCAGCUUGUGGAGGCUAUUGUGACUGAACACCUUUGAAUGACAUAGAUAUAUUUAAUCUAAUAUUAAUGGCUAUCUUGUAGGCAGGAGAGGGAUUCGCAGGAUACUGGUUUCUGUGUUUCACAAAUGUACAGAAAAUGUGGAACAAAAAUUGGAGUUGUUAAAAAGUGUUUUAGUUAGAAACACUAUUUUCUGUUUUUCCUACCUCUGGAUUUUUUUUCCAGGGUAAUGAUUUUAGUUGUGUUUUUUAGUAUUAUUGUAAUGAUGAAUAUUUUCUCCACCUUGCCCGUUUGUAAUGAUGAAUAUUUAAUGCUGAAAUAUUUCUUGGGGGUCAACUACCAA